AUGCUGCCAAAGAGAGAAAACACCGUCAACGACGAAAUCAUUGAACAACGAUUCCAGAGUUUGGACACCCGAUUUCAAAGGAUGGAUGAUCGUUUCACGGACCUCUCAACCGGGAUUGAGGAAUUGCAACAGGCUCUGCGUACCAUGAUGGAAGAAGUUCAUAUGAGCCGCGACGUCAGGGACCGACCACGCACGGAGGGUUUCGCGGAGGAAGGGGAGCCUGCCGACACCAACAUCGACGGCCUGUUCGCGAAGGGGAUCGUUUUCCACGAGGGUCUGGAGGCGAUGAGCACCGACGACGUGACGGGAGGACACGCCACAGGGAUGAGACCUGGGAGGACGACGACGAUGGUGGCUUCAAUGGCGGAGGGUGAAGCGGCCAUGGCAGGACGAUGGAGCGGCGGCAACGUGCGCCUCCGCGUGGUAGUGCAGACUCAGAAUCGGACGAUGAGGGGCUGUUCCGACCGACGUGAUGGCAGGCGCCAGAUAGAAGGGGGAGAUGAGUCACGUUGGGAACAUGGGUUUCGUGUGGAGAUUCCGGAGUUUGCAGGAGGUGUGGACUGCUCGGAAUUUAUUGAUUGGUGGGCUGCGGUUGAGGCGCUUCUCAAGUUUAAGGGUGUCCCAGAGGAUAGGCGGGUUGCUUUGGUCGCCACUCGUUUUCGGGGUCGAGAAGCGAUGUGGUGGAUGCAACUCACGAAAUCCGUGUCGGAUGCCCACCAGCGGGACCUCAUCUUGGAACUUCAGCCGGCUCAAAAACUGGGUUCUACCUUAGCGUCUUCCUCUCGUCAGGGACCAACCAUGGGCGUUGCAGGCCAACCCAUCCGUUCGGUCCAAGCGACGAGAAGUGGUCUUCUCCAAGAGCGGGCUGGUGGUGCUGGUGAACAGCAGCCCUCCCCGGCGGCAGCCCAAUCAAUUUUCGGUCUUCGGUGUUUUGGAUGUGGGGAUGUCGGUCAUCGUCAGUCGGUUUGUCCGAAGAGUGUAGGAACAUGUGCCUUGUUUACGGAGGAUGUUGGGGACAUUGUUACCACCGAAUAUUAUAUGGGACAACCGGUUUACAAUGUUGAACCAGUUGAGCUGGAAGAGUAUGUGACCGGUAACGUGGGUACGACUUUGGUUAUUCGCAGGACGUGUUUGGUGCCACGUGGUUCUAGUAAUGCUCCCGUCGAGCGACAUCAUCUGUUUGAGUCUACGUGCACGGUCGGUAGCAAGGUUUGUCGGUUUAUCAUCGACUCUGGCUCCUGUGAAAAUGUUAUUGCUCAGGAGGCAGUGGACAAACUGUCUCAAAGUUCAUCAUUUUCACUCCACCUCACAAAUCCGGCGAGUUCCCGGCGAGUUUCCGGUGAAACCCGCGAUCGGCGAGCUCAUCCUGCACCGGUGGUCCCAGCUCAAGCCGCGCACCACUCCCGUCGCAGCCACCUCAGCUCACGCCCUCAACCUCGGUUUGACCCAGCAGCAGCUCGAGCUCGCGGCCGUCCAUCCUGCACCACCUUCCCGUCGCCGGCGAACCCGCAGCAGCUCCAGUCGCAGCUCCGUUUUCCGGUGAGCUCGCAGCCAUUCUCAGCGCCCUCACUUGCAACAACCACCACUGCGACCUCCCUCUUCACGGCGAGCUCUCAGCUCCGCCGCGACCUCAGCCCGCCGCCGUCCUCAUCAUCUUCAAGCUCGCCACCACUUCACGCAGUCACAGCUCGAGCUCACGCCGGCGACCUCCAUUCACGGCGAGCUCCUCAGCCCCGUCACAGCUCCCACCGCCGAGCUCCGCCUCGCCACAGCCACUCGCCGCCGUCGAGCCACCCACGACCAGCUGACCCGGACCCGCGGCCCACAGCCCUAGAUCCGACCCGAUUUGCAAGAGCCGACCCAUUUUCACUUUCCCGAUCUAUUUUCAAUUUUCCCGAUCCGAACCGAUUUAAGGUGCUGGGUAUUCAGUACCGGUCCUGGCGGAGCACCGUUGAUUUCUUUGUGCUCACGCCUCCCCACUACCUUCUUUUUCAGGUGACGGAGUCCCGCGUGGAGCGUGAGCUGGAUGUGGUGGUGGUCGUCAGCCAGUACAUUUUUGAUAUGACAUGUCGCCCGUGGCAGUACGAUCGUGCGGCUACUCAUGACGGUCGACUAAACACGUACUCGUUUAUUUUUUGUGGGGUCAAAAUCAUAUUGCUCCCUAAGACACCUCGUUCUUGGCCACAGCCGAGUUUCACAUCAUACGUCCUUGUACUGUCUCGAUCGGUUUUUCUCACCGAAUUGCUGGAUGGUAAUUCCAUUCGGGCUGUCCAAUGCGCCGAGUACAUUUAUGAGAGUGAUGACCAGGCAUUACGAGAUUUCAUCAGUAAGAGUGUCGUCGUUCAUUUUGACGAUAUUCUUAAUUACAGUCGAACUGCGGAUGAGCACUUCCACCAUGUUCGGGAGGUUCUACUUCUUUUACGAGCGGAGUCUUUCUUUGCUACUCUAAGUAAGUACUGCUUCAUGGUGGAUUCGAUUUUGUUUUUAGGAUUUGUCAUCUCGUCAGAGGGUAUUCGUGUAGAUGAGAGCAAGGUGGCGGCGAUCCGGGGCUGGCCGACCCCGACCUCUUUCACUGAGGCGUGUAGUUUUCACGGCCUUGCCUCAUUUUAUCGUCGCUUCAUUUCUCACUUCAACACCAUUACUGCUCCACUCACGGAUUGCCUUCAUGGCAAGUCUUUUGUGUGGACUCCGUCGGCGGAGAGUGUUUGUCCCAUUUUUGUUGCGUUUUUCCUUAUUGUUUUGUUUAUCUUUUCUUCCCCCGUUUAA